GAUGGACGACGUAAGUGUCUGUACUCCGCUGCUUGCGGAGUCAGACGCUCAAAAUAACACUAUUAAUACCCCUAACGCGGCUUCUGUCACAGAUGCUGACAAAGUAAUAAACACUAAAAUAGAUAGUACCCAGGUUGAAGGAGUGAGGAGUGAAGAGGAGCUACUAAGGAGUCUCCUCACUGACGACUAUUGUCACGUGUGUGAGGCUGUGCUGCUCUUUGAAUCUCAGCGGCUGUCCCACUAUGAGGGGAAGAAACAUGCUCAAAAACUCAGGGUGUACCUGCAGGCCAAGAGAGCUGAGAAGAUGAACAAAGAGUCCACGGGACCCCAGCGGACCAUGACUACUGAUAAGGACCAUUUCUGUGAGCUGUGUAACAUGGUGUUUAGUUCCCACGUGGUGGCAAGAUCACACUAUGAAGGCAAAGUCCAUACAAAAAAUCUUCGUAAACAAGGUCUUCAGCCCCCAGUUAUGGACAGGUACACAGAGGUGCAUUCUUUACCAACCCUGGAUCCUGAGAGUGCUGACCAGAAGUCAGCCCCUGAGGGUGGUAUGGAGCAUCUUCUGGACCCUACAGCUACCACAACUACCCCCAGCACAGAGGUGGAUCUGAAGGACCCCAACAAGUACUGUGCCCUGUGUGCUGCUUCCUUCAACAAUCCUCAAAUGGCUCUGCAGCACUACAAUGGACGCAAACACCAGAGGAAUCAGACCAGACAGGAACUACUCAAAGAGCUUGGAGACAAUGUCCAACAAGCCAACUCCCUCAUGUGUCAGAUGUGUAGUGUGCAAUUUAACUCUGUGGAGAUGUACCAGGCCCACAUGCAGGGAAACAAACACCAGAUAAGGGAGAAGAAGGUCAUUGACCUGUGCAAAUCCCAGCAAAAGGUCUACGGCACAUUUGCGGAUGAACUGUCAGAUUACAUUCAGCUUCAGAAGGCCCGUGGAAUCACCCCCAAGAGUGGUCAGAUCCUCUCUCUGGGUGACACGCAAAAGGAGGGCGGGGGAGAAGAAGAAGAUGAUGCAUUAAACAAGGAGGAUAUCAUAGAACUGAACAAAGCUAUGCCUAAUUUCCCUCCCACCUCUAACCCUCCUCAUCACUCCCGCCUUGGUUGUUACAAUCCAGGGUGGAGACCUCCAUAUCAGGGCCCUCCCUGGCCAUCCCAUGGCUUGGAUUACAACUGCGCCCCCCCAGUCCUCCCAGGCUCAGGCUCUCCACUGUUUACUAGUCAGCCUGUAAAGAGAAGAAGGCGCAGAAAGCAGUCGAGCUCCUCCUCAAAUACUACCUCAACAUCCUACUCUUCCUCGUAUUCCUCCUCCUAUAGCAGUCACACAAGUGACAGUGAUGACACUGAAUACAGGCGCAGAGAAAAGAGGAGGAUUAGAAGAUCCAGGAGGGAGAGAGAUAAGAGGGCAAGAGAUGAGAAUUCAGACAAAGAGGAGAAGAGGAGGAAGCGACAGAGGAGGGAACGAGCUAAGGAGUCAGAGGAGAGGAGAAGGGGGGAAUCUGGAGAGUCAGACGAGGAGAGGAGGAGAAAAAAGAGGAAAAAUCAUGGCAAGCAGAGAAGACGAGAUAAGAAAUCUCGGGAGGAGGACUUUGAGGCAGCAGGAGGGGAGAGGGUGAUGGACAAUUUAAUGCCAGAAGUUAUGAUGGACAAUAGAAAAGAGAAGGAAGGCGGCGGACAGGAUGGGCCAGCAAAACCCAAAUACAGGAAAGAGAAGAAGAAAACGAAAGAGAAAGUAGACACAAGGACAGAAGAGGAGAAGCUGUGGGACGACUCCAUUCUGGGUUGUUAAACUCAAAAGGCCCAAUUUAACUCUGUCUCUUGAACUGCUGACAUUUAGGCAGAACAUGACAUUAUCAUGAGCGUGACAUGGAAAAUCUCAAAAACUGUGUACAUGAAAGUAACCUUUAUAGCCAUUAACAAAGCAGUUUUUACCAUCUGCUCUGACAGCCCAAAAGUGUUGUACUCCAUAGGUGUGCUAGCUGGCUAGCCAUGUGUAGUGAAUUUGUGUUUGCAAGGAAUGAAUGGAUUUCCCUCGUCUCAGUGUUUUUGGAGGGAUUUCUCAUGCGUGUAUCCACAACUAUAAUAGCUUUAAUUUUCAUUAUGACACUUUACGUCUUUGUUGAAUUCAUUUGCACAUUGUUAUUGUUUUUAACCAUUUAACAUCUCCUUUCUUGACUUUCAUUUGAAAUGAUCAAGAAGUCCUCUUGACCUUUUAACACAUCCAUAAGUUAAAUUAUGUUUGAUCAUGUAUCUGUUCUGGCAGGGAUCUGAUAGAUUGUGAUCCCUUUAGCAGCCUGUGGUUGGCGCUGUUGAGCUUCAUUCAGAGCAUCAGUAAAGAAAAUAAAA